AUGGUCCAUACCUUGUUCGAGUCUAUGAUAACGCUGCAGUUCGUCUGCCUGGUUUUAGAGUUGUGGGAGAGGUUCCGGACUGUAAACGCCAGUCUGAGGGAAUCCCUUCCGCCCCUCCGCGCGCCCGAGAUGCGCGCGUUGUUCGGAGGGGCGCCGCCGUCGCCGCCGCCUGCGCGUCCUGGUGGUCUGCGCCGGCUGCGAGAGGCGUACGUGGCCUCAGCUCGGGCGGCGGAGUUGCUGCAGCGGCACUUCGGCUGGGCGCUGGCUGUCGAGGUGGCGUACAGCGUGGCGGGCGCGCUGUGCAGCUCGUACGAGAUCGUGCGGAUGGCGGCGGGGCCGCGCGGGCGCGUGCGGCUGGCGCUGAGCGGGGCGGUGUCGACGUCGGCGCUGUGGCUGGCCUACCACUGCCUCCGGCUGGCGGCCACCUCGCUGGCGUGUGCGGCGGCGGCCGCGGCGGCGGCCGACACCGGCGUGCUGCUGCUGAGGGCCUGGGCGCUCUCCGACUGGCGCAGCGCCGAGCUGGACCGCUUUCUGCGCCUCGCGCUGCACGGCCCGCCGCUGCGCUUCACGGCCGCCGGGCUGGUCCGCGUCGACCGCCGCCUGCUCGUCUCUGCCAUCGCUGUCGUCGUCACGUACCUCGUCGUCCUCAGCCAGCACUGA